AUGGUACAGAUGGGUAAGUCAGCCUUCAUUUCUACAUGCACGAGUCACUCCCACGACCCCAAGCGAAACAUUCCUUUGCGAGAACGGCGACCCAACGGCAACGACAACAGCGACAGCCGCCAGCACAUUAGGGAUGAGGAAGAAUUCCACUACCUGGUGUACUCGGCCGAUCAUGAAGAGGAGGAUCGCAUAAGUCGUCUUCAAGAAUACCAGGUCAUCGGGCGCCACUUGCCCACGGACGCCAACCCGACCCCCAAGCUGUACCGCAUGCGUAUCUUCGCACCCAACACCGUGGUCGCCAAGUCCCGCUUCUGGUACUUCCUCAUGAAGCUGCGAAAGGUCAAGAAGUCCAACGGCGAGAUUGUGUCUCUGAACGUCAUCCACGAGAAGCGCCCUCUCAAGGUCAAGAACUUUGGUAUCUGGAUCCGUUACGAUUCGCGCUCCGGCACCCACAACAUGUACAAGGAGUACCGUGAGAUGAGCCGCACCGAUGCCGUGGAGGCUCUGUACCAGGAUAUGGCCGCCAGACAUCGUGCCCGUUUCAGGUCCAUUCACAUCCUCAAGGUCGUCGAAGUCGCCAACCCCAACGACGUCAAGCGACCAUACAUCAAGCAGCUGAUCUCCAAGAACCUCAAAUUCCCUCUUCCUCACCGCAGCACCGGCUCCAAGAAGCUGUUUGUCCCCAACCGACCGAGCACGUUUGCAUAA